AUGUCAUCCAAACAUCUUCGUGGUGAUAUCAAUUAUGCAUGGCCAACAGCCGAAGUCGCUGUCAUGGGUGCUAAGGGUGCAGUGAAGAUCUUGUUCCGUCACGACCAGGAGAACGUAGCAAAACACGAAGAAGAAUACAUUGACUUGUUCGGUAAUCCGUUCCCAGCAGCUGUCAGAGGUUUCGUCGAUGAUAUCAUUGAGCCACACACGACUCGUAAGCGCAUCUGCCUUGACUUGAACUUACUUGAGUCGAAGAAAAUGUCGAAUCCUUGGAAGAAACACGCUAAUAUGCCGUUGUAA